UUGACGUGGAUGUCAGUAGCAAUGGCGGAGGCAGAAGAGCAAGUCCUCCAGGGCAGCUGGAACAGAGAUCUUUCCAAUGCUCUGGAGUCUAGUAGCUGUGAACUUGAAACAAUGCAGAAUGUCAUCCAAGAUCGAGAUCUACCUACUGAACAGAGAGUCAAAAUGUGGAAGAUUGCACUUAAUGUAGCAGGCAAAGGUGAUAGCCUAGCAUCAUGGGAUGGCAUCCUAGACUUACCAGAACAGAAUCUUAUUCAUGAUAAAUGCCAACAACUGAUAGAUCAACUGCAAGCUCCAGAAGAUGAGGCUUUGUCACUGCUUGCUGAUGUGGAAUCAGUUAUAACCUUUUAUUGCAAGUCUCGAAACAUCACAUUCAUGGAGAACCUUGGCUGGCCAGAUCUAGUGAAACCUCUCCUCUGCCUGCGACUACCACGAAGUGACCUCUAUAACUGCUUCUAUGCUAUCAUGAGUAAAUACAUUCCCAGAGACUGUAUCCGCAAUGGACGUCCCUUCCACUUAUUUCGCCUUUUGUUGCAGUACCACGAGCCUGAACUCUGUUCCUAUCUGGACACCAAGAAGAUCACACCGGACUCCUAUUCCCUUUGUUGGCUGGGGAGCUUGUUUACAUCUUGCUCUUCACCAGAGGUGACUCAGGCCAUGUGGGAUGUGUAUUUUCAACAAGCCGAUCCAUUCCUUAUCUUCUUCUUAAUGCUCAUCAUUCUCGUCAAUGCAAAGGAGAGCAUCUUGACACAGGAAUAUAACAGCAAAGAGGAUCUCAUUAAUGUGCUUGAGACAUCACCAGCCCACUUGGAAGUGGAAGAUAUUGAAGAUCUGUUCGCUUUAGCACACUACUAUUACAGCAAAACCCCACUUUCUUUAAGAAAGGAUAACCAAAAUCUAUUUGGAAGCAGUCUGGUAGCACUGAAAGAUGAAGAUAUGGAUCUGAGUCAAGCCCUCUGCCUUCCAAUAUCUGUGCCAGAGAUUCUCCAGGCCAAUCAGCAACUGGGGGAUGGUGUGAGAUUCUUUGUGGUUGAUUGCAGACCUGCUGAGCAGUAUAAUGCCGGACAUCUUUCAACAGCCUUCCACUUGGACUCUGAUCUUAUGCUGCAGAACCCAACAGAGUUUGCUCUAUCAGUCAAGACUUUGCUAGAGGCCCAGAAACAAUCUAUUGAGUCAGGGUCCAUUGCCAGUGGGGAGCACCUUUGUUUCAUGGGCAGCGGCCGUGAAGAGGAGGAUAUGUACAUGAACAUGGUUCUGGCACACUUUUUACAGAAAAAUAAGGAGUAUGUCAGCAUUUGCAAAGGAGGGUUUAUGGCACUCCAACAGCACCUGGCUGAUAUCAAUGUGGAUGGACCAGACAAUGUUUAUGUACACUGGAUUGUCAGUACUUCUGGUUCUAGAGGCAGCAUCAGCUCCUCUGCCGAUAGUGAAUCCUUAAACAGCUUGGUUGAUGGUAAAGGGGUCAAGUCCCUGGUCAACAAAAUGACUUUUGCUCUCAAGUCUAAGUCUGUUAAUGUCAAGGAACGAGUAAUCAGCUUUAUUGAGAACACAUCUACACCUGUUGACAGAAUAUCUUUCAAUCUGCCAUGGCCAGAAAAGAUGAUCCCUGAUAGGCACGUUAGCAGUACUGAUCGAGUUGGAAAGCCAUACCGGGGAGUAAAACCAGUCUUUAGCAUUGGUGAUGAGGAGGAGUAUGACACAGAUGAAAUUGACAGCUCUUCCAUGUCAGACGAUGAUCGCAAAGAGAUAGUCAACAUCCAGACAUGGAUAAACAAACCAGAUGUUAAACACCAUAUUCCUUGCAAUGAGGUGAAGGAGACUGGGCACAUGUUUCCCAGCCAUCUUUUGGUGACAGCCACGCACAUGUACUGCUUACGUGAGAUUCCCUCUCGAAAGGGAUUUGCUUAUAUCCAGUCACGGCAGGCACUUAACUCAGUAGUGAAGAUCACAUCAAAGAAAAAACAUCCUGAACUGAUUACAUUCAAAUAUGGGAACAGCAGUGCUUCUGGUGUGGAGGUGCUGGCCGUGGAAAGGUAUUUGAUACCAAAUGCAGGAGAAGCCACAAAAGCUAUUAAACAGCAAAUUGUGAAGGUCCUGGAUGCCCUGGAGAGCUGAUAGAUGGAGGGAUGCCAUAUAUAGCAAAACUGCUAAUCUUUUAAGGACCAAUGGCAGACCGCAUUGCAUAAUGGAUUGAAACUGCCAAGGGAAUCACCAUUCCCACUCCUUUCCAACCUAUAAGAAGAACACUUCUGCCUGCCUGCUGCCCAGAGAGGUUUGGAGUUCCAGUGUUGCAGGAAACCGUUGUGGUGGGAAGUUGGAUAUAAAGUUAUAUGAAUUACUCUUUUGCUUUAAAAAAAAAAAAAAGUUUUUUUUUUUUUU